UAUUUAAUUGCUCUCCAAAACCUAGAGGGAGCUCUGAUCAAAUCAACCCUUCUCAUCCUAUCCCGCUCCAGAGCGAUUCCAUCAGAGUAUGGAUCUAUCACAGAUAUCUUCAGGGAGUACAGGUAUUGGUCAUGGGAAUGGUGGAGUAGUCUCUAACAAUGAACAAGAUGAAGCAAAGCAGAAUCUGAUUCAAGUUAUAAACUCAAUCCAGAAAGUCCUCGGCCUUCUUCACCAGCUUUACCUCACUGUUUCAUCUUUCAACAUGGCCUCUCAACUCCCUCUUCUUGAACGCAUAAACGCUGUUGUAUCUGAGCUUGAUAAUUUGCAGAGAUUGUCAGAUAAUUGUAAAAUUCAAGUUCCAGUUGAGGUCCUUAAUCUAAUUGAUGAUGGGAAGAAUCCGGAUGAAUUUACACGGGAUGUGCUGAAUAGCUGUAUAGCCAGGAACCAGAUUACAAAAGGCAAAACCGAUGCAUUCAAGGGUCUGCGGCGACAUAUUUUGGAGGAACUGGAAGAAGCAUUUCCUGAUGAAGUGGAAGCUUACAGGGAGAUACGCGCGACUUCUGCUGCCGAGUCGAAGCGACUUGCACAGGCACAAACUAUUCUACCAAAUGGAGAUGUGAAAGUUAAGAGUGAGCAGUAGAAAGAAAGAAAGAAGAACGAGAAUCUACCCUGCAGUUAGUAUUAGUAAUAACUCGAGUCACUCAUUUACUUUUUUCCUUCAUUGUCCAUGGCACUUAUAUAGAUAUCAUUUGAACAGUGAAUGAUGAAUCUUCUUUCCGUGUAUGUUGUAUUCUUCCUCGUUUUUGUGUUAAUUAGAAUACAUCGUUAGGUUCGUUCCACUUGUACAAAAGUAGCUUUCUAUAGAUAACAGAUAUGAACGGAGAAUUUAUCUGUGUAGCAUAUGGAUAAUUUUUUAACAAAACCAUGGUUUCUUU